CCACAUCAAAUCAGCCCAAUUGAUCGUCGCGCAAUAAGCAAUAUAUUUGAUUGUUGAUUCCCACAAUAAUACAUACCUUUUCUAACGUCGUGAUGGAAUAUAGAAACGGUAGAUUUGUUGUUGUCUUCAAUCUUCCCUCAAAUCUCGUUCCGAAAGCCUCCACUAGCGUGCUUACAUAAGCGGUUCCCAGAGCCUCAUCAUGGAACCUCCAAAUCAAAUAUACAAUAACCCUCCCCUCAUUGCGAUUAACUCUACACAAAAUGUCACUUCUUCGUCCUUCAAUCACAGGGCGAUUACUGCGCACUGUGGCUCCUACUGCCUUGCGUUCUGUACCAAAUGGCGUGAGGUACGAGCAGACAUCUUCAGGUGUCCCUCUUACACCUUCAAACAUAUCACAACCUAAACAUUCUACCGGAGAAUCAUCGAUGAUCAAUCAUCCACAAUCGAAGGACAAGUUGGUUAAGCAUAAUCAACCACAUUACGGAACGGAGGUUGAUCAAGCUGCUUCGUGAGUUUUCCUGAGCGGGGGCACAACGAGAAAUUGAGCACUCGGAGACAUGGAUGGAUUUCAGUACUGAUGGGAAAUUGGCAGAUUAUUCACACCAAUCCCAAAGCGUGUUAUGAAUGGUAGCGAAGAUGGAGAUGUCUUACCCGCAGCAGUUUUAUCUGGUGCUCCUGUCGAGUUGCAGGCUCGAACAGUUCGGUACGUUCGCUAUCUACAUUCAACCUAACUCGACGAUAGCCCCAUUAUCUAGUAUCCCGAACAAAGCACUAAUUGGCCUCUUCUAGCAUCUACCGACCUGCUAAGACUGCCACACAAUCUGGUUACUGGCACGGUCAUCACUGGCGCAUGGACUGGGAUAUUUUGUCCAAGGGGCACCGUUGGGAAAAUCCUCUUAUGGGUUGGCAAUCAUCCGCCGAUUUCAUGCAAGGCACACACAUAAACUUCAAAACCAAAGAGGAUGCUAUCAGAUUUGCGGAGAAGCAAGGUUAUGAAUUUUUUGUUCAGGAGCCGAAUGAGAGGAAAAUUACUCCCAAGGUAUACGCGAAUAACUUUUUAUGGAGUGAUAAGAAGUUGAAGCACAUCAGGACGAAGUAGAGGGUGUUUGACGGGGGUGAAAGGGGGGAUUCGGGUGGGGCAGGAGAUUGUACAUAUUUGGAUGAACGAGGCAGACAUACCUAGCUGCUUGUAUUGAUGAUGCAUUCGAGAUGGGAAUCUUUAUUGCUUGGUAUAGCGCGGCUCAAACGCAUGCUCUGAUGAAAGUACAUGAGUAAUUGUGAACUUGACAGCCAUUUUCAUUCAAACCCAUCCACAUUUCCCCAAAAAAAUUAUCAUCCUCCUUACUGCUAAGCGAGUUACAUGAGCCUCUUUAUCUCCCUAGCGUUAUUCUGCAGCUCUCUUCCAUCCAUACUAUUACUCCCUUCUGACAUGUCUCUGUAUCCCUGGCCGCGAUAUUCGUGUUCCUCCUGCUCUUCUAAGACUCCAGAUUCGUCGAUAUUAAGAUUCCGCGGGAAGACCUUUCCCUAUCCAGAGUACUGGUUCUACUUUGACAUUAAUACAGCCAUUGA